AUGGCGCGCACCCGAAGCAGACGGGAACAAGAAGAAAGACCUCGGAGGAUAUCCAAACAGAGAGUUGCAAGUCAACCUGGAAACCCUUCCCAAUCGCAAGCAACGCCCCUCGGGGGACCUGCAUCUGACUCAUGGGAAAAGAGGAGGGACUCGGCGGUUGAAGCAGGUGGUUUUCAUGGUCCCGGGGUUUAUGCCAAUCCUCCUGUGUCCCAGUCAAGCAUUGGGCCCGAAGACUUCACGGCCCUUCCGCAAGCUCCUACCCUAUUGGCAAAGCGUAAAGGCUACGACCCGACACUUCAACGCAGGAAGUCAAGUAAGAGAAAAGCAGAGGACUAUGCUCGAGAAAGGGAGAUCCGUGCCAUGAGUUCUCCAGUUCCCAGCUUGAAACGGCCCGUCACAUAUUCUGGUUCCGGUCCACUGCGUCGCGAUACUAAGCAUGUUCCUGGCGAUCUCAACCGGCGACUUCAGCGACCAACUUCCGAGGUGUCGUUGCCUCUACCCGAGACCAUCCAGGACUCCGACCACAUGACGAACCAGGCUUCAUUCAAGAUUGGCAUCCUGGCAGCCCUGAGCCCAAGACCUACGCUUACAUAUGUCGCCAAUCCUCGGAACUCGGUGGGGAAGCAGCCCGCCCGGAUAAAGCCAUCUAUCCAACAAGCUAUAGAGGAAGAGGAUGUGUCUUCGAAGAAGAGGAUUGACGAGUUGGCGGACGAACUGGAUGCUGGGGGGCUGAGAGAGCUGAUGGAGCGAGACAGACGACGGCAUGAAAGGAAAAGAGCAGUGGACAAAGAUCGGUUACAUAGGAAGCUUCAACGCAAGGCUGAAAGGCAGCGAGAAGAAGACAUCCGCGCACUCCAAAGGGUUGAAUCACCUGCGGGUCCUGCAGGCCUUGGGUUGGAGGGUGUCGACCGACGGGGACGACGCCGCACCCCGAGCCCGAGCCGCACGGGCGGCGAUCCUUUCGCCGAUCCCGAGGGCUCCCAAGCUGGGCCAGUCCAACGCAUUCGGAACCCAUUUGAAGACGAGAAGGAUCUUGACAUCAUGCGCGAGUCUCUUGCAUUCGAAGAAGAUGAAGGUCCGCCGGUGCCGGUGAGAUCUCCUCUGCGAACGGUAUCUCCCAUUGAGGCCCACAACGAGCAGAAGCCGCUACAGGCAGCAACAAUAUCGCCACCCACAUCCCCUAUACAACGACCAGCAGAUCGCCAGAGCCUUUCGCAGACAUCGGGUCUUGCUCGUGAGAUUACGCCAGACAUCCCUGGACAGGGCCAACUGGACCGGCGUGCUUCUGACCAAAGCAGUCAACAGCUCAGUUCCUGGACGAGUUUUUUCAAACGCGGUGGUCGACGGAAAGCCAGUACCACCGACCGUGGCAGAAGUACGCCGUCUGAGUUCUCCAACACUUCUCGAGAGUCGUUCGCACGAAAGCAACAACCACCGCCUGUUGUUCCUCGCACGUUCCGGAGAUCUGAUGCCUCCGCCGUUCCUCAGAGGACAAUGUCGAAAUUCCGUGAAGAUUUGCCCGACUUCCCUAUAUCCCCGCCGGAUUCUCGCGUCCAGUCGCCCGAAGCCGUGAACGCUCCCCAAGCCGGCUCGGGGCAGCAGGCGGUGAAAGAGCCUCGGCAGUCGUUGUCCGGGACGUUGGAUGCAAGGAGUUUGGCCACGAGCUCUAGCAACCCUGCCCUAGACAGAGGUCCCACUGACACUCGGCACGCACCUGGAAUGGAGGCUGAUAUCGGCAGUGGUGCGCUGGCAGGGGUGGCGCUGUCGCGGUCCCUCGCGUCGGUCGAUUCGGAGGGGUCAUGGCUCUCGGGAAAACCGGUCAAGAGGUUGUCUGGGGGGACGAGCCAUCCGACCAGGCACAGCCAAUCAUCGCUCCUGCCACAGACCAUGCCCGGGGCAUUUGAGACGGAGGAAGCUGGGCUUGCGGAUGAUGACUAUCUGAACCGCCUGACGCCGGGCCCCAGCCGACGACGCGACUCGGACAACUCUUUAGGUCGCAAAGCAAGCAGCACUGUAAUUGAUCUUGAGAGGGAAAGACAGAGUCCUGUGCCUGACGUGCCCCCUGUUCCGUCGGGGCAAAGAGACGAUGAGACAUGGCACGAGGGGCUUGGACGACAGGCCACCGUGGUCCGCCAGCCGAACCGAGCGAAGUCAACAGAAGGCCUCUUGAGGGAGUUUGGGAAAGAGACACCCGAAGGGUCUCGAAGAUCCAGCUCGGAUGAAGAGUUAGAGGAAGGCGAAGGAGCUUCGCCCGCAGGCCACGCGCACAAAACGGAAUUGCAAGAUACACCACUUCUACGGGCGCAAAGUGUCGAGUAUAAAGGACACGUGAGGCAUAUCAGUGCGGGAAGUGCAAGACUCCUGGAUAUCCGACGGGCCUCGGGACAGUCAGAUGCUGUCCCCCGAAGUCCGAGCCUUGUUCAAGGGGCGGUACCUGUCCAACCGGAACGGUCACUGCCUGCUAAAGAAUGA